AUGAACGUACUCGAGGAGCCUUCGUUCCGCUUCUUUGCGUGGCUUUUCCUCUACGACUGGGUCGUCGGCGUCCGCGAAGUCGUCUCGUUCCAAGGCGAUGCUGACCACCUCACACUCAUCACAGACAUGCAGUCGCCGCUGCUGCAAGCGACACAACCUUGGCAAGUCCCAAGCAACAUUGCGCAGUAUUUACGAGCGGGUGUUCUCUACGUUACGGGCGUCAUGAUUGCAAUUGCUGGCCUCGCCUUCGUCUACAUCAUAGCUGGUCGCGGUCAUUUCGAAGGCCUCAACAUGCUCGAGCUCGGCCGUGUCGGCGGCAUUGUCUGGGUCGGAAGGCCAUUUUUACUUCUCCGGAGUGUCACGGCCAUGGUGUUGCAGAAUUCAGGUUCUUUAAGUCACUUUGCAACGGUCCACGAUCCGUGGUACAAGACGCUACUGGCGGCCAAUGAAGUCACGUGGCUGAUUACGAUUGUCAACGACAUCUUAUUGGUCGCCACGGGACCGUAUGCAGCGCACUAUGUCGUUCUCAACGGUGUGCUGGUGUGGAUCGUCGCUGCGGUCGUAUCGAUUUGGGCGCCCGUGACGGCCACGCUCUCGGUGAACCUGACGUGCGAGGUCGAGGCGGUCGACUACCAAGUGCUCUGCACCGCGGGCACGAUUGCCAUUGGCCAUCUUGGCCGCAUGGCGCUCUUGAUGGGACUGGUCCUCGUCGCCCAUGGUAUCUGCUACGUCGUCGUCAGAAGCUACCACCUUCGCGCGUCGGCGACGGGUGUCACGUCACUGUUUCUCACGUCGGGCGCCAAGUAUUUGUUUACGCAAUCGCCAUGGAUGCACAAUAAUGUCUAUUACAUGGACCGUGCGUCGGCGGCACUCGUUGGGCUCUUAACACUGCGACUCGGUGCCGAGAUGGUCGUGUUCGACAUCAAACUCUGGCGCGUGUUUCUCCUCCCGAUGCCCCCCAAGACGAGCCUGCCGCAAGCGCUCGUCGUCGCGACACCACUCCGCGACGAUGCGUUGCGAUAA